AUGCUUGAACGUUUUGGAAUGAAUGAAAGCAAACCUGUGAGGACUCCUAUGGUGAGUGUGAAUUACUCAGGUGAUGUGAGUGAGACGAAUAAAAAUAAAACACAUCCAUACAGACAAGCUAUUGGUAGUUUACUUUAUUUGUCUAAUGGAACAAGACCAGACAUUACAUAUGCAGUGAAUGUUUUAAGUAGAAAACAAGUAAAUUUUGAUCUCAAUGAUUGGGUUCAAGUUAAGAGAGUCUUCAGAUAUUUAAAAGGGACAUUAGAUUAUGGACUGAAGUACAAAAGUGAAAAGAACGAUUUAGAAUGUUAUGUGGAUGCUUCAUUGGGUAUGAAUGACGAAGCCGGAAAAUCCACAAGUGGUCUGGUUAUAAUGCUUUUUGGGGAUGUGAUCUAUUGGAGAUCAAAGAAACAAAGUCAUGUUGCUUUGUCCUCAUCAGAGGCAGAGUACAUAGCUAUGUCAUUAGCCUGCAAAGAAUUAACUUGCUAUAGGGAAAUGUGUAGAAGGCUGAUUAAAUUUGAAGUUGUCCCAACACUAUACGAAGAUAGCAAUGCUGCAAUUAAAUUAGCUAAAUCUGAAGAAUCAAAAGCCUUGAAGCAUAUUGUAAAACUAUGCUAUCAUUAUGUGAGACUUGAAGUAGCAAAUAAAAAUCUCAUUAUAAAGUGGGUGAGCACGAAAGAACAGUUAGCGGAUAUAUUAACAAAAGCUCUUGGUUAUUCCGUAUUCGAGAAAUUAAGAAAUUCACUUAUAGCAAAAAAUGAUGACUAA